UAACACUUGAUCAAUAGAGUAAAAAAUGAAAUAAUACAAUCAAUGGCAAAAAUAAAUUAAUGCGAAAUGCUGAAAGCAGUCAGAUGCAAUAAUUUUCAACUACUUCAACCUAAUUUAUUUUCCCGUGUCGCCUAGGGUUCAUCGCUGUUUCAAUUAUUUUCUGUAAUCAGAAAUUGAGCUCCAAUAGUCCAUAUACGCGAGUUCAUCUGAAUUAUCCUGCUAUUGCUGAAUUGAUACCAUGGCCGUGGUUGAGGAAUCGGAGCAACAACUCAAACAGCAAAAGAAAAAACCAGUUUCUGAAGACGACAAAAGGAGAAAGAAAAUGCCUCCUGGUAGCUUGAUGAAGGCUUUGAUAAGGCCUGGAGCUGGUGAAAAGACACCAAUAGAGGGUGAUCAGAUUAUAUAUCACUGUACAAUACGGACAUUAGAUGGCGUUGUUGUUGAGUCGACUCGAUCAGAAUAUGGAGGCAACGGUAUUCCAAAACGACAGGUAUUGGGAAAAAGCAAGAUCAUAUUGGGAUUGCUAGAAGGAUUUCCUACAAUGUUGAAAGGUGAAGUUGCAAUGUUCAAGGUAAAACCUGAGCUGCAUUAUGGUGAGGAGGAUUGCCCUGUUUCUGUUCCCGAUGGCUUUCCCAAGGAUGAUGAACUUCAUUUUGAGAUAGAGUUGAUUGAAUUCUCGAAAGUCAAGGUCAUUACUGAAGAUUUAGGUGUCUUAAAGAAGGUCGAGGAAGAUGGACAAGGUUGGGAACAACCUAGAGAACCGUAUGAAGUUAAAGCUUGGAUAUCAGGGAAGUCUGGAGAUGGAAAGGUGAUAUAUUCUCAUACACAUGGGGAACCGUUUCUGUUCACCUAUGGUAAAUCUGAAAUACCAAAAGGUCUUGAGUUGGGAAUUGGAACAAUGACACGAGGAGAAAAAGCAGUUAUUUAUGUCACUAAGGAAUACUUAACUCAAUGCCCUCUGAUGCCCUCCAUUGAAGGUGUUUCUGAAGUCAACUUCGAAGUAGAGUUGCUGCAUUUUGUUCAGGUCCGUGAUGUCCUUGGGGAUGGGCGCUUGAUAAAACGCCGUUUGCGAGAUGGAAGAGGUGAAUUUCCUAUGGAUUGCCCUCUUCAUGAUAGCCUGUUACGUGUCCACUACAAGGGGAUGCUUCUCGAUGAGGAAAACACUGUUUUCUAUGAUACAAGAGUUAAUAACACUGAUCAUCAGCCUUUUGAGUUCAGAUCAGGGGAAGGCCUUGUGCCAGAAGGGUUUGAAAUGUGCACAAGAUUGAUGUUACCUGGAGAGAUAGCUUCGGUCACAUGCCCCCCAGACUAUGCUUACGAUAAGUUUCCAAGGCCAGCCAACGUUCCUCAAGGUGCUUAUGUAAAAUGGGAGAUUGAGCUUCUUGAUUACGAGAAGCAAAAGGACUGGACAGGUUUCAACUUUAGAGAAAUAAUGGAUGCUGUUGAGAAGAUCAAAGGCACGGGUAACAGGCUAUUCAAAGAAGGCAAAUAUGAACUUGCCAAAGCAAAAUAUGAACAUUUGCUUCGGGAAUUUAAUCACGUUAAUCCUCAAGAUGAUGAGGGCAAAGAAUUUUCAAACACAAGAGAUUUGCUGCACCUGAACAUGGCUGCCUGCUUGCUGAAAAUUGGCGAAUAUAGGAAAUCAGUUGAAAGUUGCAACAAGGUAUUGGAUGCCAACCCAGCUCAUGUCAAAGCUCUGUACCGCCGUGGAAUGGCAUACAUGGCUGUUGGUAACUUCGAAGAAGCUAGGGCAGAUUUCAAUAAGAUGAUGAGCGUUGACAAAUCAUCAGAAGCAACCGCAAAUGCAGCUCUUCUCAAACUGAAAAAGGAGGAGCAGGAAAUUCACGAACGAGCUCGUCAACAGUUUAAGGGAUUGUUUGACAAGAAACCAGGGGAGAUUUCUGAGGCUGGUGGCAAGGAUCUGCAAGAAGAGGCUCCCCUCGAUGCGGAUGACCGCGAUGCUAUAAAUGACGAUAAAGAGCAUCUUCUCGAGGCCACCGCUCCUCCACCUACAAGCAUAUGGUCCAGAUUAUGGCCUAAUACCAGGAACCUUUUUACAACUCUUGGAUUAGAUAGAUGUACCAUUUUGUGAUAUUUUAUCUCACUUGGAAUAAAUUGAUGUCACGUUAUCUAUCUAAUAUGAAAAGAGAGGACCAUACAUUUUUGGUGAUAA